GGUGGAGCCAGGGGCGGGGCUCCCUGCUGCGCCUGCUGGAACCAGGCAGAACAGCCAAGUUUACAGCAUAGCCGGGCUGCCGGGGGCACUGGAGCCAAGCCGCCGGGACCCUGGGCAGCCAUGCUGUGUGCGCUGCUUCUCCUGCCCGGCCUGCUGGGGGCCGGCACGGCCAGCCCCAUGGCGGGGCCCCAGCUGUGCGCCCGGGGCUCCGCGGAGUGGUGCCGGGACCUGCAGGUGGCAGCGAGCUGCGGGGCCAUCGGGCACUGCCGAAGCACCGUCUGGAGCCAGCCCACCGCCAGGUCCCUGCCCUGCGACGUGUGCCGGGCCGUGGCGGCCGCCACGGCUGAUGGGCUGAACCCCGAGGCCACAGGGGCAGACAGCCUGGCUGCCAUGACGAAGACCUGCGAGUGGCUCCGCAGCCAGGAGUCUUCAGCCAGGUGCAAGCGGACGGUGGCGGCCCACAGCCCCGCCGUCCUGAGCCUGCUGGGCGGAGGCCCGGACGCCGCCCCGGCACGGGUGUGCACGGCGCUCGCCCUCUGUGAGCCGCUGCAGAGGCACCUGGCCGCCCCGGGGCCUCUCUCCCAGGAGGACGCAGCCCAGGUGGCGGCUCCUUUCCUGGCCAACGGGGCCCUCAGCUUCCACCCCCCACCGGUGCCGGAGGGCGCCGUGUGCCGAGACUGCGUCCGGCUGGUCGCCCGGCUGCAGGACGCUCUCCAAGCCAACGUGUCGCUGGCAGAGGUGGACACCGGCAAACAGUGCGAGUCCCUGGGGCCCGGCCUGGGGCUGCUGUGUGACAACUACCUCCGCCAGGUGUCCGUCCCCGCCGAGCGCAGCCUGAGACUCCUCUCGCCCCGGGACAUCUGCGGCAAGGGGGGCUUCUGCGAGCAGCCCCCGCCGGCCGGCCGGGACCCCUCCCUGGAGCUGGUGCUGCCGGGGAAGAAGAGCGAGGUGCAGAUGAAGGCCGGCCUGACCUGCGAGGUGUGCCUGGACGUGGUCCAGGAGCUGGACCGGUGGCUGCUGUCCAACCGCACGGAGGACCUCAUCGACCACGCCCUGGAGCGAGUGUGCGCCAUGAUGCCCACCUCCAUGGUCCAGCAGUGCGUCUCCUUCGUGGACACCUACAGCCCCUCCUUGGUGCAGCUGGUGGCCCAGGUCUCCCCAGAGAGGGUGUGCACGGCCAUCCGGCUGUGCAACAGGCGGAGGCGCGCCCGGGCCACCCACGGGGAGCCGCUGCCGCCGUCGCCGGGCGAGGAGACCCAGGGCAGCUUCUGCGGCAGCUGCAGGCGGCUGCUGGGUGUGUCCUCCCAGAACCUGGAGCGCUACAGCACCAGGAGGGACAUCCUGAACGCCUUCAAGGGCGGCUGCAGCAUCCUGCCGCUGCCCUACAAGCUGCAGUGCACCCGCUUCGUCACCCAGUACCAGCCCAUCGUCAUCCAGAGCCUCAGGGAGAUGAUGGACCCCGUGACCGUGUGCAGCAAGCUGGGGGCCUGCCACGGCCCCCGGGCCCCGGUGCUGCUGGGCACCGACCAGUGCGUCCUGGGCCCCAGCUUCUGGUGCGGGAGCCUGGAGGCCGCCGAGAUGUGCGGCGCCACGCAGCACUGCCAGCGCCUCGUGUGGCAGCAGGCGGCCGCCUACGCGGGAAAGCGCCCGUGACGGGGACCCGACGAGGUGGGUGCCGUCCCCGCGCCCGUUUCACAGAUGAGAAACUGAGGCUCCGAGGAGGGAGGGAGGGAGGCUGGGAGGGGCAGAGCUGCCCUCCGUGGGGUCUUCCAGGGCCCUGCUCACCUAUGUCACGUGCCCCACCCCCACGCCCCAGCCACACCACCCCUCUGACACCGGGCUCCGCAUUCUUGCGCCACCUGCUGGAGAGCGCCCCCAGCUGGAGCCAGGCAGGGAUGGGGCAGGGUGAGCGGGAACGGGCCAGGCAGAGAGGAGCCUUCCUGUCCACAGCCUGGGGCGGGGCGGGGCGGGGCGGGGCGGGGGCUCACCCCACCCCAGCCCCAGCCCCCACUGCUCACGCAGACCACAGCCUCCCCCCCCCCCCCCGUGCACUGAGACGAGGGCACCUCCCGACUUUUCUGUGGAGCAGUCCUGGGCCGUCUCGGCCCACCGCGGGGACCCCUCCCACCGCCCAGGACCCCUCCCAUCAUGGGGACCCCUCCCACCGCGGGGACCCCUCCCACCGCCCAGGACCCCCUCCCACUAUGGGGACCCCUCCCACCACCCAGGACCCCCCUCCCACUAUGGGGACCCCUCCCACCGCCCAGGACCCCUCCCACCGCGGGGACCCCUCCCACCACGGGGACCCCUCCCACCGCGGGGACCCUUCCCACCGCGGGGACCCCUCCCACCGCCCAGGACCCCUCCCACCAUGGGGACCCCUCCCACCACCCAGGACCCCUCCCACCGCGGGGACCCCUCCCACCGCGGGGACCCUUCCCACCGCGGGGACCCCUCCCACCACGGGGACCCCUCCCACCACCGGACCCCCUCCCAACAUG